UCACGUGAACAAACUAGCUUAGUCCUGAGGAAAAUGGGGUAUGGUGUAAAUCUGGGGUGUAAUGCUGUCAUUUAUCACGCUAACUCGUAAAAACGACAACGAAGAUUCCCGGCCAAAAUUAUGAGUUCUUCUUACUAUGUCAAUUCUCUUUUUAGCAAAUAUACUGCGGGGACUUCCCUUUUUCAAAACGUAGACCCGAUUUCUUCCUCUUUCGCAUCCAGCUCUCAGAGAUCCGGUUAUGGACCGGGGACUGGUGCUUUUUCUUCCUCCUUGUCUGGGCUGUACAAUGUGAACAAUGCAAUCUACCAGAACCAUUCUGUGUUCACGUCUGGGUAUAACCUAGGCUCAGAAGCCUACAACCUCCACUGCAACUCCCUCGACCAGAACAUUCCUGUUCUGUACAAUGAGGCGAGCAAAUCCAAUUGCGAAAGAACGGAUCCUGCUACCCUCAACCCCCGAUGUGAAGGACAUUUCCAGAUGUAUCCGUGGAUGAGAACUUCAGGUGGUGAUAGAAAGCGUGGGAGACAGACUUACACUCGGUACCAGACACUGGAGCUCGAGAAAGAGUUCCACUUCAGCCGCUAUCUGACUCGCAGGAGGCGGGUUGAGAUCGCACAUUCCCUGUGCCUCACAGAGAGGCAAAUCAAAAUCUGGUUUCAGAACAGAAGGAUGAAAUGGAAGAAAGAACACAAGGAUAAGAACCUAAACCCCAGCACAGCAACGACAGCAACAACUGAAGUGAAAGACGAAAAAGAGGAGGAAUCAUUAAAAAAAAAACCAAUCGUAUCUAAAUAAUAAUAAACAAAUGAUGUUAUAAAAAAAAAUAAAAAUACAUGAACGGGCAGAUUUCUAAAGAAUUGCUUUUAACAGACAAACUAAACGUGAUUGAAUAAGUUGCCUAAUUGUUAGAAAAGGCUCAUAAAUGUUUUAUUUUGUUGUGUGUGUGUGUGUGUGUGUGUGUGUGUGUGUGUGAGGUGGAGUUUAUGACUGCGGUAAAAAGCAAUGUUAUUACCUGGACACAAUAUGCAGGCCCAAAUGUCUGAUAUAUAACAUGUCAUAGUUCUAGACAGGCUUUAUAUUAAAACAAAAAACAUAUUUUUAAAUAAUGUUUUAUUAAUUCAUUUUGAAAAUAAUUUGAAAAAUGUCUGUAGAAUAAGAAUUUUGCAUCUAGGCCGAGAGAGGAUGGCACUAAAUGAAUCUACCUAUUGCUUAAGUAUAGUCUUCAGGUUUCUGUGUGUGUAUUAACGCAAACCCUACCUAUUCUGGUAAUUCAGAAAAACAAACGUUUGGGCAAUAUGUUUACACUUCCAGUUCAGUAACAUUCCGAAACUGCCUUUGUUAAUCAGAGAAGCUACCUACUUUCUUUAGAACAUUGUAUGUAUCUAGUAUCGUAUCCAUGCAGAAGCAAUUCAUACUUAUAAAGAUGUAUUUGUAGUAAUUAUGCACUAUAUUAUAACAAUAGACUGCACAAGAAAACGUUCUGCUGCAUGUAGCUUUAAUUUGCACACAAUUUUAACAAACUUUAGAAAAUAUUUCAUUUUUGUUAUAUUUCAUUUAGCGUCAGGCAAAAUAUUAUGUUUUCGAUGUGUCUGUUUAAUACAUAAAUUAUUAUAGUAAUAUAUUGGGAUGCAGCGUUUCAAAGUAUAUAUUUUUUAUGUUGCGUAGUUUUCUUGUUAAGUGUAAUAAUGUAGUAUUAAACGUUUCGACAAAAUGCAUAUUCGUGUUUUCAUGUCGUUACGGAGCAGUAAGCAGGUUGUUAUAUAGUUACUGUUACCCGUGUGAGGUCAAUAUAUUAAAAAUUGAAUUUGCUAAUGGCGUGUUUAUCUAUUUGUUGUUGCAUGCAUAUCGGAACUGUAGCGAAAGAAACAUUUGUAAAACGUCACUAUUUCAUGUGUCUAUAGUUUUAGUUUUAUUUAAUAAUAUUCUUUGUGAAGCGUAUUGUAAAACACACAAAGAGCGCAUACUCAUGCAAUAUUGUGAAAUACAGCAUGUCUUCUGAUGAUGUCGGUUUUUCUGAUUGAUGUAUGAUUUUUGUCUAUGUCCUGUCUGUGUUUUCACAACACACUGGGAAUUGUGUUUGUACCCAAUGCUGUACACAUUGAAUAAAUGUUAUACCUUG